AUGGGCAGCGACGGCGUCCAGGGGUGCGGAGGCCUCCUCCUUGGAGCGCUGGCUUCGUGCCUCCGCCGCGCGGGGCUGGGAAACCCGGGGGCCGCGGUCGAGAACAUGGCUUUCGGCACCGACGACCCCCUGGCGAUUUCGACCAAGAAGGCGACCGGCGGCGGCGUUGGCAGGCCGAGGUCUAGCAGCGGGGCGGCGGCGGCGGGGGGGGGGGGGAGGGGGGGGUCCGUCCGCGGGGCUUCCUUUGUGUCCGGGGACAUGGCGUUGGAGGAGGAGCUGGAGGAGGACGACGACGAGGCCGACCAGGAGGAGCUGUCCGCUCAGAAAAAGAAGGUGCACGACCUCGGAGAGCUGCCCGCCCUCGACUGGUCCAACACCUCCGCCAAGCUGCUGGUGACCAUCGUCGUGGUCGGAGUGAUACUUCUCACCACCUAUUCCGGGUGGCUGGACGAGCGCGUGGAGCUGGGCCACUUCUCGCUGAGGGAGUGGCUGAACGGCCUGUGCGUGUCCGUCGGCGCGUACUUCGUAAUCGAGCUCCUGGCGAAGGCGGUUGCGGGCUUCUUCAAGUGGACCCGGCUCCUGCACACGAACAACAAGGUCUGGAUCUUCAUCAAGCUGCACAAGGAGGUGUCGGUGCUAAUCUGGAGCACCAUCAUAUUUCUCCUGUGGACUUGGUUUGAGGGCGCCGACUUGGCGCCCGAGGACAACGGAGUGAUCGCCAAGAUACUCGGCGUCUUCGUGGCCUACACCGCUACCAACGUGGUGAGUGAGGUGUGCAAGGUGGAGAUGGCCCACCGGUACAUGUGGAAACCGUACCUCGAGCGGGCCCGCGCCAGCAUUUGGUCCCAGUACGUCAUCUUCAUGAUGACCGAUCACGCCAUGGGACUGCAAACGAAGGACACGGAAGGGCAGGCGCUAGCCCUAGGCUUUCACCAAGACCAAGAAAGGCGACGACUAUCGCUUUACACGGUGGGCAAGGCGAUCGGGUUCGUCCACGCCAACGCGCUCCGGCACCCGCUGGGCCCGGGGAGACCGGGCACCGACCGUGACGGCAUGAUCGACAGCAAGACCGGUGCUCGUCUGUUCGGCGAGCUGCUGUUCGACGCCCUGAUGGUCCAAUUCAACGGGGAGGACCUCAGCAUGCUGCUGCCCGUCCCGCCCGCUCUUAGCAGCUCCCGGAGCAAAGACAACCCCAGCCCAACAAAGUCACAGGCGGUCGACACGGACCUGCCCAGACCCUUCCGCUUCUGCAAAGCCUUCGGGCCCGCCGCCGCGGCUGUGCAGCCUGCCGCUGAUGACGUAGACGACGACAACAACAACGUCAACCACAACAACAACAACAACAACAACCAACACCACCCCAGCAACAGCAACGGCAACACGGUUAAGGCGAGGCACGUGAGGUCGGGUGGCAAGCGCGACUCGGGCGGCGGGGGCGGGGGCUCCGCGGGGGGGGCGGCGGCGGCGGCGGUAGGGCGCAAGGGGAUCACGCUGGUGCACCUUCGGCAGAUCACGAGCAAGCCGAUCGCGCUCAAGAUGAUGGAGCUUUUCGAGGUGCCGCCGGAGGGCGUGGUGACGAGGAAGGAGUUCGUGAAUCGCACCGUCGACAUCUUCGUGCAGCGCCGGAGCCUGCAGCUCACUCUCGGCGACUACGAGGCGAUCCUGACGAAGGUGGGCUACCUCCUGUCGGUGGUGUCAGCCGUCGUCAUCUUCUUCGUCGCACUCCGCAUCCUCGGAUACGACAUCGGCAGCCUUGUGCUCACCUGGUAG